GGCGGGCCGGGGAGAUGACUUCUCCCCUGCGCGGAGGCUCCCCAGCAGGCGUCGGGCAGGAGAGCUCGCCGCACCAGUGCCCCAGGAUGGGAAGAAACAGACGGAUAUGCUCUACCUAGAAUUCCAUUUCCAGAUUUGCUCUACCUAGAAUUCCAUUUCCAGUGAAGACAAGUUGGUGACUGGUAGUCUUCAGGCGGUGGGUGGUCUAGAGCCGACGGAUUCCCCGAUCCCAGCCCAGCCGUCGCUUCAGCCAUGGCCCGAGCCAAUGUAUGGAACCGUCUGAAGUCGUGGUGGAGAAAAGAUGAUACGCCUCCGUUUCUAAACGAUACCAGCGCCUUUGACUUCUCGGAUGAAGUAGGAGAUGAGGAUUUCCCCAGGUUUAAUAAACUUCGAGUUGUAGUUGCUGAUGAUGGCCUGGAGACCCCAGAAACUAUUAAUGGGACCCACCUGGCCUUCCAGGCCGAUGAUGAUUCCUUACUGGAUCAGGACGGACCUUUGCCCAGCAGCCAGCUGGGUUUCAAAGUAGACCCUUGUGACAGUUGUCGGAAACAGAGAGAGUUACUGAAACUGAGAAAAGUGAAAACCAGGCUCACCAUCGCUGGUGUUCUUUACCUGCUCUUCAUGAUUGGUGAACUUGUGGGCGGAUAUAUUGCAAAUAGUCUAGCAAUCAUGACAGAUGCACUUCACAUGUUAACUGACCUCAGCGCCAUCAUACUUACUUUGUUAGCUUUGUGGCUUUCAGCAAAAUCACCAACCAAAAGAUUCACCUUUGGAUUUCAUCGUUUAGAGGUCUUGUCAGCUAUUAUUAGUGUUCUCUUGGUUUAUAUACUUAUGGGAUUCCUUUUGUAUGAAGCCGUGCAAAGAACCAUCCAUAUGAACUAUGAAAUUAAUGGAGAUAUAAUGCUCAUAACCGCAGCCAUUGGAGUUGCAGUUAACAUAAUAAUGGGAUUUCUGUUGAAUCAGUCUGGUCACCAUCACUCCCAUUCCCACUCCCCUCCGCCAAACUCUCCUACCACAGGUCCUGGGCAUGGGCAUGGGCAUAACCAAGGAAGUGGCAGCCUUGCAGUGAGGGCAGCAUUUGUGCAUGCCCUGGGAGACUUGGUGCAGAGUAUCGGGGUGUUGGUAGCUGCCUACAUCAUUCGAUUCAAGCCAGAAUACAAGAUUGCUGAUCCCAUCUGUACUUACAUAUUCUCAUUGCUUGUGGCUUUUACAACAUUUCGAAUCAUUUGGGACACAGUAGUUAUUAUAUUGGAAGGGGUGCCAAGUCAUUUAAAUGUAGAUUAUAUCAAAGAAGCUUUGCUGAAAAUAGAAGAUGUUCACUCAGUAGAAGAUAUAAAUCUUUGGUCUCUCACUUCAGGAAAAACAGCUGCCAUUGUCCACUUACAGUUAGCCCCUGGCAGUUCACCUGAAUGGGAAGCAGUGCAGUCGAAGGCCAGGCACCUGCUGAUGAACACUUUUGGGGUCUACAAAUGCUCCGUUCAGCUUCAGAGUUACAGGCGAGAAGCGAGCAAAACCUGCGGAGCUUGUCACGGUGCCAGUGCCUAACACCGAGCUUGGGGAACGACAGCCUUAUUUAUCGUGCAGACACCAGCGAGCAGCAAUAAGGGACCGUAUGAAUGAGCUACUGGGAUCCCCGACAGCUCAGCCCGCAUCAAGAAGGAACACGGUCCGCGAGGACUCCAUUGUAGGUCCUCCGAAGAGCCUUGCCAGCAUGUAGCCUGGGAGAAGUCAACAUUAAAUGACCGUUCUACUAUGAUUUUCAGACAGGGAUGUUACCAUAAUAUUGUUUACAGAAUGGGGUGUGACUCUGCAGAUACUUCGUAGACAAAGCUUAAAGAUUCCAGUCCUUUGUUAAUUGUAUCGCGUAAUGUAAUGCAUCAGCUUUCAAGGAAGAACCCAGAAUUCAGUACUUGCAUUUUUUUUUAAAAAAAGAAACAUUUAAAAGCCAAAUUACUUUGAGCAUCAAAAAAGGUUAAAGCACUAAAUUUUUAAAACUAUGUUGGCUCAGUGGGAUGAACUGGGGUCAUUUAAAAAAAAUUCUCAAGGUUUUAGGAAGUUCUGGAAAAUAUCAAGAAAUAGAAGCAAAUGCAUAUUCCCAAGUGUUUCAUAAAUGUUUUCCUUUAUAAAUAAUUCAGGAUGUCAUUGGUCUGUUUCUGCCUUAUAACUUUAUUUUUUCCAGAUGUUAGAAACAGGGCUUUGAAUCUCAAGGCAUAAUAUGUUUUAAUUAUUUGUCUUCUUCCAAGGCAGAGCCAAACACACUUUAACAUGAUUUGUUGAUUGUUGUCAUGAAAAUCAUUUAGUAAAUAUUUCCAGUGUUAUUCUACAUUAGGGAAAAUAUAGUUUUAAACUAUGAUCAUUUAAUUUGAAAUAAGGCACAGGAGGAUGGUGCCAGAACCUAUACUAACUAAACUGUUUGUUAGUAGGUGAGUUAAAUUUGGCUGAAGAAAAGCUGAACCAGUAUUUCACUGCUCCUUUUAGACCUUUUCAUUCUGUAUAUCCCGUUUGUUUGGCUCCUACCUUUUGGAGUACCUACUUACAUGAAGUAAGUAUAUAACCUGUCUAAUGGCCCUUUCAAAAUAAAACUCUGUGAGGCUCAGCUUUUGCACACUUACUCUUCCCACCUACACAGAUUAAUAACCACAUUCUCCCAGAAUUUGGGUCUACCUUUGUAAUAUAGGCCAAUAUAUUAAAAAAAAAAUCAGGGAUUCUCCAUGGUAUAUUGGUGCCUCCAAGCUGUGUUUUGGUACUGCCGCAGAAAAAAUGCCAAAAUGAGCACUGUGGGAAAAAUAACUUUGUGAAGAUCACAGCCAAGUUGCAUGUUUUUAGAAGCACUCAGGUGAUAGUUGUUAGCCUAGAGUCAGGAAAAAGGAAAACAUUGAAGAGCAUGAAACCGAAGGCAAGUCUGAUUAUGGCUUGGGGACUGUGCAGUUUAAGCAAAAAUUGAAGGUGAAGGUUAUUGUUUGUUCAGAAUUCACAAGGUGUGUUGGCUCAUCUGUGACACAUGUUGAGAAUUGGGUCAGGGAGGCAAUCACAGAUGACCAAGCUUCUAGCUACUGGAAGCAAAUAGAAAAGGAAAUAAGCAUUUAUUCAGCACCUGCUAUGUUCUAGGUACUGGGCUAAGCACCUGGCCUUAUGAGAACCUACAUUACCAAUCCAGUUUCGUUUGGGACAAGUACUAUACUUCCAGAGUACCAGGUUCUAAGGUAAUCAGCUCUUAGUGAAAUUAGAUCUCAACUCCUGGCCAAUAGAGAUUGCUUCUAGGAACAAAGAUUAGAAAAGUUGUAUCUUAACUAGAUACUUUAAACAAACUGCAAAUUCCAAAAUAUGGUUUAGGGGCAGAUGAUUUCAGAAUAUGAGGCCUGUCAAUAGAAAUUAACUAUAUAUUUAUAUAUUAAACUGUACAAAUUGGGGGUAUUCCUGCAUAUGGAAGGCAGAUAGUGGUAACCAGAGAGUAUUUGAAUAAAGAGUUGCACACUUGGGAGCUAUGUGUACCAUGCUGCAUGGCAUUUCUACCUGCAUUGAGUGACUUUUUUUUGAUAAAAUGUGGUGGCAUCCCCCUGUCCCACCUAUGUUGCUUAUAAUGCUUAAUCUUAGUCUUCCUUUUAACUUCCUUAGGAGUAUCUGGCUUUUCAUAGUAGAUUUGCUCUUGAAAGAGGUGGGUAUAAGGACUUACAAAAUACAUUGAGGGGUCUUGCUAUAUAAAAGAAUCCUAUUGUGAAUUUUUUGUAAAAUUGGAAAUCACCUACUUUGUUUUGUAAAUCUGAACCUUGAUACUGCCCAAAUCAGAGCACACUUAAAUUCUUCUGUAACCCUUUUUUUGCAUACAAGGACAGUGCAUUUUAUUAUUCAUAUCAUAGGGUGGUGACUUUCUGUAACAUAAGAAAGUAAAUUUAUGACUGUGAGGGAUGCAACGCCAGCCCACAUCAGAUAGAAUGUUGGGGAAUUUAUUUGAAUAGGGCAAUGUCGGAUAUAACCUCCUAAGCCAAAUAAUGUGCAGUUCAGAUUGGCCUUGCAAUACAGUGGCUCAGUUGGAUCCACACAGUGUUGAGAAGAUUGCCUUAGGUGUAACUUUGAUCUAAUUUAUUGCAUAUCCUGGGGUUUGGAACUGUCUUUGAACAUAGUUUUUGUAGUUCAGAACAGGCCUAAUGUUUUGAGUAAGGUAUUUCUUGUUUCACUGAUGAUGCUUUUUACUUAUAUGUAAGAUGGAGGUGUGUCUGAAGUAUAGUGGGGUGUGUUUCUGAGGGCUUUGAAGGACAGGGCUGCUGUAAUUUCUGAAAGUGUUCCUAUGACUAUCAUGCUAUAGUCAUCAUUUUUAUGUAAAACUCCAUGUUAUUUUUGAAGAACUACAUAUAGUAUUGUUUCUUUGCCACGUCACUGAAUUGCCUUUUCCAUUCUUUUCACUUUUCUUUGGAUCUUUGGACCAUUUUCAGAAGGACAGUUUUCUAGAAUCACUUUUUUGCUUCUCAACAUUGACUUUCCUGCAGGGCUCUUGCCUGGCCCCUUCAAGCCCCUCAAGUCUAAAGUCUUCCAGGGUGUUGUUUUUUGUUUUUUUUUGAACAAUAGACUUAGACAUAGUCCAAGCCAUUUCUGAGACACUGGAAAUUGAGAGAAGAGAUUUCCUCACCAUUAAUGUCUUUCACAGCCUUAACACCACUAUUAGAAAUGUAUUUCUGGGUUAGGUGGAAAUCUGUCCCAGUAUUUCCAACCCACAUUACCUGUGAGUAGUGCACUUCCUCAGUAGUGUAGGUGUAGUUGACAUUGACAGAUAGUGGAGUUUCCUUCAGUGUAUGAUGAAUUAUUUUUAGAAAACAAACAACCAAUGUAUGUUUAUUUGGAAGACAGAACUGGUUCACUAUUAAAUUCAGUUAUGAAUAUAUGUGUGUGUGUGUAUGUAUAUAUAUAUAUGUAUAUAUAUAUAUAUAUAAUUUUUCAAACUCCCAAUCACCCCAAUAUUUAUUGGUGGUUCUUAAUUAAUGAGAGGCAACAUGGUUUCUAAGGCCAGCAGGCUGGCCUUAGAACCUAGAAAGUCCUCAUUCUGACAUAGUCUAGUGACAUGACUAUAGGCCAAUCACUUAAACUUUCACUGCCCCCAGGCAGCUCUCUAAAACUCUAAAUUACCACUGAGUUACAUAAAUGGAAGGCGUUUGCCAUGACAGGAGCUCUCUAGUCUGAUAAAAUAGUGGGUAUGAGUCAAAAAAUUACUGUGGAGAAAGUACUUCCUAAAAAGUUUGGAACCCUUGAUGUGUUGUAGACAAUUAAAAUGUUGAACUCAAACUUAUUUCCGACUUGCAGGACAAUCAGACCAAGGGGUGAAUGCCAGUUAUUAGCUGUUUAAUUGCACUUGACUGCCAGGAGAACCAAAUGAGCAUCAGUCAUAACUGGACAGAGGCACCUCCUCAGAUGCUAUAUAGAUAGCUGUGGGCUUUAUCGUGGGGCCUUGUUUUUUUAUAUCUUUUUUUUUU